GAAAUGGCUUCUCAACACCAGACUCACGGUCUGACCGAGGAGUUAAUUUGUCCGGUUUGUCUGGAUCUCUUUACGGAUCCAGUUCUCCUGUGUUGUAGCCACAGCUUCUGCCGCUCCUGUAUCACACGGUUCUGGGAAAAUCAGGGAGAAAACACUUGUCCUGUAUGUCAGGAGACAUUCCCGGAAAGGAAUCUCAGGACCAAUCGGGCCCUGGCCAACCUGUCAGAGAAAGCUCAGGAGUUGAGUCUGACCCCAAAAGAGACAGGCAUUAAACGUCGCUGUGAGAAACACCAGGAAGAACUGAAGCUGUUCUGUAAAAAUGACAAGAAAUUGAUAUGUUUAGUUUGCAGAGAUUCCUGGGAACACAGAGGUCACAGCUUCCUGCCCAUUGACGAAGCUGUUAAAAUGUACAAGAAUAAAGUGAAAUCCUCCUUAGCUUCUCUCACACAGAGGAAGGCCACUGCUCUCAGAGCUAAAGAGGAACAGAAACAAAAGAUUUCACAAGUUCAGAAACAGGUAAACAGUCUGGAGAACCACGUCACGGCAGAGUUUGCUAAAAUGCGCCAGAGCCUCACUGACAGAGAGCAGCGUGUAAUCCGAGAGCUCAGAGAGCGAGAGGAAGAGAUUUUACACCAAAUGGAGAAUAAUCUGCGACAGAUUCAGGACAAAUUAGAUUCUACUCAACAAAAUCUCUCAGAGUUACAGAAACAGAUGGAAAAGGAGGCGCUCACCUUUCUGCUGGAGGAAAGUGCUCGGAAAACAAGGAUCAAUGAGGAGUUUGUGCUGUCAGUGUCUGGGGGGGAUCUGCCUGUGGGGAUAUACAAAGGGCCUCUACAGUACACAGUCUGGAGAGAGAUAAUACACAGCAUCAGCCCAGCUCCGGCCGCUCUGACUCUGGAUCCUGACACAGCCCAUCCCCGGCUCAUCCUGAGUGAGGACCGGACCAGUGUGAGAGACGGAGAUGAAGAGCAGCCGCUCCCUCACUCCCCGAAGAGGUUCAGUUACUAUCCCAUUGUCCUGGGAUCUGAGGGCUUCACAUCGGGGAGACAUUACUGGGAGGUGCAGGUGGGCAACAAGUCAUUGUGGACUGUGGGAUUGGCCACAGAGUCUGUCGACAGGAAACAACCAAUCACUUGGUCACCUGAGGGUGGGGUCUGGGCGGUGGGACUGGUGGACGAGGUCUAUGAGGCUCUGACAUCACCCCCCACCCCUCUGCCCCUGACAGUGGGACCUGGGAAGGUCGGAGUGUUCCUGGACUAUGAAGAGGGACAGAUAUCAUUUUAUAACGUUGACAACAUGUCUCAUCUCCACACUUUCACCCAAACUUUCACUGAGAAACUUUAUCCUCUGUUCAGUCCCAAAUUUAAUGUUUUAUGGGCAAAUUGUGAGCCGCUGACAAUCUGCUGGUCUCCUACUGUCCUGGCCAACAAUCCCCCAAAUAAACUGAUCAUAGGCUUGAUGGCUAUUUGUGGGCUAUGAAGCACUUUGGGACAUCUUCCCGUGUGAAUGAUGGCACUUUCUAGUGUAAAUUGUAUUACAGUGCUGUCCACAAAAUUGGCUUCCACG